GAUGAUUUAGAUAUUUAUUUACAUGAUAAGCCGUUAUUAAGAGAAAUGGAUACUACAAAGAGGCAUGCCACCGCUGCCCAAGUGACAGCACUGAUGGACUACAUGCAAGAACAUUCAGAAGUGGCCAAGGGCAUGAGUUCAGGGCUUGAGCGAGAAGACAUAGAGGCUCAGUGGCGAGACCUCACUUCGAUGCUGAACUCUAUGGGCGGCGCUGUUAAAUCUACGGAAAAAUGGAAACAGACCUGGAGAGACCUGAAAUCAAACACAAAGAAGCGGGCCCUGAAGCAGCAGCAUUCUUUGUGUGAUACUAGUGUAGGACCUAGUUCAGAUAACUUACAUGCUGAUGGUCAGAACAGUGAUGGUGAUUACAUGCCUCCGAAGAAAAGAUUUGCUUCAUUUGAUGAAGAAAUUCUGAGGAUAGAAAGAGAUAAGUUGGAAGUGGAAAGGGAAUAUAAAGUCCAGAAGAUAGAAGUCCUUUCAAGGAUAGCCAGUGCGUUAGAAGAAUUAGCCAGAAAGAAAUGAGUCCAACCAGCUGCAGCAUGAUUUGGAAAAUGUUAGUAUUGUAACACACAAUAUUAGUUGUGAA